UGUACGCGUGUUAAAUGACCACUUGACAUUAUUUCUGGAGGAUAUAUUUAACAGUUAGAGGCCUCUUUAACUUUCAAAAAUGAAGAUACCGGGCGCAGUUGUCAUAGUAACUGGCGGUUCCCGUGGGCUUGGUCGAGCAUUCUCUGUGGAGUUGCUGAAACGAGGCGCAAGGGUGUGUGUUGCGGACAUCAACGAGACGGAGGGCCGUCAGACGGAGGCGGAACUGCAGCGACAGUACGGUGCGGACAAGGCGUUCUUUGUUAAAUGUGACGUAACCAAGGAAGACGACACGAAAGAUCUGUGGCGGGUGGCGGUGGAGCGCUUCACGACGGUCGACCUGAUGGUGAACAACGCCGGCAUCAUGAACGAAACCCUAGUGGAGGAGACUGUGCAGAUCAACCUGAUGGGAGCCAUGCGGGGCUCGAUGCUGGCGUUCGAACACAUGCGGAGGGACCGGGGAGGGAAGGGCGGUGUCAUCAUCAACGUUGCUUCCACUGCAGGGUUGUUUCCUGUGUUCUUCAUGCCCACAUAUGUUGCCUCCAAGUACGCCCUCGUCGGAUUUACACGCAGCUGGGCCUCGAACCCGUGCCAGGCGAGGUUUGGUGUGAACUGGGCGGUCCUGUGCCCCGCCUUCGCCGACACGAGCAUGCUGUCUGUGGCCCUGGACGGCCCCGACCCUCCCCUCGUUACCUACCAAGAAAACAAGGAGCAGGUUAUCGCAACAGUCAAGACAAUAGGCAUCAACAGCGUGGAUGACGUUUCCCGUGCGUUCGUUGAGCUGGUAGAGAAAGACGAUAACAACGGUGCCGUCGUCACAGUCGAGAAGAACAUGGGCGGAGCCGUCUACCGCUUCGUCAAAAAUCCAAACUGUCUCUGACACCAUCGCGUCGACCACUUAACCGUCGACGUUUCAUCCAACCCUAUCUAACGUACUUCGACCUAAAUUCCGUCUCAAAGAACUUAGUCACGUAGACCGACGUCAACCAGUCAUCUUCGCACACUGAACUCAUUAAAUGGCAAUUGUGUGCCAUAAUAUAACUAGAUCUUGUUUAAAGCAUUUUCGGGUUAGCUGUAUUUGGAUCUUGCUUUCAUUUAUUGUGUGUUGCAUUGACAACUCUUUAAAAAAAAUAAAAAAAUACAAUCGUG